AUGAGCGUGAGUGGUGCAGGCGUUGGCGUGGGCGUGGGCGUGGGCGCCGGCUUUGAACUGCCAUCGAAGAAGGUCUCCUGGCUCAAGCGAGACGUUCUCUUAUUCAAUAUCAGCAUAGGAUGCACGGCUGACGAGCUACAUUAUCUCUAUGAGGGCCAUCCCAAAUUUGCAGCGUUCCCAACUUUGCCGCUUGCGCUGGCGUUCAAGGGCGACAGCCAAGAGGUGAUCGACUUCUACACUGCCCAGACAACCACAUCGAUCCCGGGAUGUCCCAAGCUCGACCCUGUACGCCUGGUCGACGGGCAGCGGCUGAUCAGGUUUUUGAAGCCGGUGCCAACCACUUCUGCGGGAAGAAGGUUCGAGCUUCGAGAGCAAGUGCUGGGCGUCUAUGACAAAGGAAAGGCCGGGACUGUGGUGGAAACAGAGCAGCGCCUCGUCGACCGUGACACAAACCAGACAUACACUCAGAUCGUCGGAAGUCUCUUCUACGUCGGCCAGGGAGGAUGGGGCGGUCCCAGAGGACCCAAAGCUGUGGAGUUGUCGCCUCCACGCCAUCGAAACCCUGAUGGCAGUCUCGUCAUACCCGUGUCUGCGCUCGCAGCGCAUCUCUACCGGCUGAACGGCGACUAUAACCCUUUACAUGCGACACCAGAGCCCGGCAGGCUGAUGGGCUACGGAGGCAUCAUCGUCCACGGCGUGACCGGCUACCAGAUGGUGGCACAUGCCCUACUGAAAGAACUUGGUGGCGCUGACCCUGCAAACAUCCGAGAAUUCCAAGCCAAGUUCGCGGGUCCCGUCCGGCCAGGCGACCAUUUGACCGUCGAGUAUUGGCGCAUGGGUCGGGAUGAUGAAGGCUGGGAGGAAAUCCGAUUUUUGGCCUCCACGUUGGCUGAUCAGAAGAUCCGACUUAGCAACGGCCGUGCCUUGCUCAAGACACAGGAUGGAAAGGGCGCCAUGGUCAAGGCUCAGGCUGGAAUUGGAAAAGGCCCUACAAGUAGAUUGUGA